CAAAAUCCAGUUUCGUUGGAAAAAAACGGGGAUCUGUAUUGAAGCAUUGAGUUCUUUUCUCUCAUACAUAUUCGUGCGUUCGGUGUGUUGUGUCCUUUUUUCUGUUAGCUGUAUCGUGUUUCUAUUUGUAACUACUUUUGACAAGGAAAUAAUAACGAGAAAUAACAUUUAUUUCAUAUUUCAAAGCCAAUUUUAUUGAGAUUUCGAAUCAUUUUAAAGCAAUUUGCUUUAAUUUAUUUUUUUAAAUCAAAUUCAGUGUGAAUCGUGUGCGCUUUUUUCUUAAAAGAAAUUUAUAAUUGUGACAUUUUUUUUUUGACGAACGAUCUAACCAACAAGAUAUCAAAAUGACUUCAACGCGAUUCAACGUGGGACUUGAAAACGAAAGAAGCUCAAGCAAAGUUCUCAAACCACCGGGUGGUGGUAGCAGUGACAUUUUUGGCGGAAGCCUCCCAUCGACACCACGCACUGUGCGCAACAACAUGGUAUCGAACAUUUUCGGACCAACCAACGACGCUAAAAAUGGAAACGCUGAUCGUCAAGGAUCUUAUCGAUACUUUUUCAUUGAUUCAGCAGUAAAGCGUACGGGCGUUAGCUCACAUAAUCGCUUGUUUGGCGACGUUGAACGAGUUCCUCCAACCCCGAAGAGCUACCAGAAAAGCAGUAUCCCAAUUGGUAAGGAUGACACCGAUGCACCGAAAGUAACCAAUGGCAACGGAACUAUGAACGGAAACGGUAUUGCAGCUGUUGCAACCACCGCUGCUACUAACGGAAAUGGUGUGGCUCAUGAAAAUGGACAUGCUAAGGUUAACGGCACCAAUGGCCAUAUCAAUGGAUCUCGUGGCUCACUUUUAUCGUUGGAUUCGCCAAAACCCCGAAAAAUUCCACAGUCACGUGAAUUGCAGCAGAAUGGUUUCCAUUUAGCAACCCCAACUAAACACAAUCGUUUAAUUGGUAAUGGAUAUGCUGAUGCACCAUUAACAAAUUUAUCGGCGUCAUCAACAUCGUCGAUGUUCACGAAUAAUUCAUCCGUUUCGAUUUCAUCGGGAAAAACCGAUUCGUCGGCAACGGCCGCUCUAACACGAUCGCCACGAUUUCAGCCAUCGUCACCACGCAAUCCCGUUUUAGGAAUAAAUUGCCAAGCCGCUGAUUUAUAUCGUGGACGCAGACGAAUUGAACGAGAUGGAAAUCCGAUAACUGGCGAAGGAUACAAGCGCGUUGCAGCCGAAAUUAAUACAACUGUACCAGCUCUAAACGGUGCCAAACAAGAGAUUUACAAAAAUCGCAUACCGCCAGGUGGUUUCUCAUCCGGUUUGUGGUAAACACUCACUAAUACACCGACAUCCACACACACAAAUACACACAA